GAGGAGGUCUUAAAUCUAUACUAUGCCCCUAGCCCUAGAUUUUAUUUACAACUUAAAACGACGGCAAUCCCUCACCGCGCCGCUUGUGCGCUGAGCUCCGAACAGUAAAACAGCAGAAAAGGUCUGUUUUUGUAGCCAUGGCGAGGGCCUUCUUGGCGCAAAUUCUUAACGAUAUCCCGUUUCCAUAUCACUCGCCACAUCUCCUCUUCUUCCUCUUGCUCUGAAGCUCUCCCUCCCCCUUCCAUUCCCUCUCCCCGCGGAGUAGUCGUUACCGGUACGGUCUGGGGUUGGUGACUCCGCUUGGUUGCGGAGUGGAAAACGACAUGGAAGCGGUUGAUAGAGGGCAAUUGUGGGAUAAUGGCGAUAACGCCUGAAGAUCUCAAGAUGGGUGCUUUUGAUAGAGAGACGCAGUUGCAUAUAUUUGAUCAGAUGACUUCUAAAGUUGCGGCGACUGUGCCUUGUGGAAUGGGCUCCGGUGAUUUCAAUGAGGAAUUGUAUCUUAAUUCAAAUGUGAAGCUUGACUUUAAACCGACUGUAAGAUUACCAUGGCUUUCCAUGUCCUUCAGGGGUCUGAAUAAGAAAGGGACAUCCUUUGCAUCUUUCGCAGUGAUAGUACUUCUAGUUGUCUGGUGGAGCAUUGAUCAAUUGCAAGGUUUGUUGCCUAUGCUCUUUGUGCAGUGCCUUCGUCAGCUUAGUCCAUUCUUCAUUCCAAGGAUAUUAAUCAACAUGGCUUCUCGUCACAUGAGCAUAAAUAUGGAUUCCAGGUGUGGACCAAACCAUGCUGCAGUGACCUCUUCUGCAACUGGUGCACAUUCUAUUGGUGAUGCUACUAGAAUGAUUCAGUUUGGGGAUUCAGAUGUUACGGUUGCUGGGAGCACAGAGUCCAGCAUUGAUGCUUUAUCAAUUGCUGGAUUUUUCAGGUCUAGGACUCUGACUACAAAUACAAUUCUUCACCACUAGAAGCUUCAAGGCCUUUUGAUUGUGAUCGAGAUGGGUUUGUGUAAUUUUAUUCCUUUUUUUUUUUGUCAAAAAAUAAAAUAAAAUCUUUGUUGCCUGCCAUCUGUUUUCCUGAUAUGUAACUUGAUAUUUGAGCUCAAGAUUGGUGAAGGUUUUGGUGUCCUGGUAUGAGAGGAACUAGAGCAUGCCAAAAACUGAGGAGCAAAAAUUUAUGCAGAGGUUCAUGGCUAUGGGAUGUCAGAGAAUAUUCUGGUUUAUUAUGUGAUUACUUUUUCAUGCCUGGCAGUCUGGUCUUUCAUCCUAACCAAGUAGAUUAUCUGAAUGCACAUGCUACUUCUACACCUUUGGGUAAAUCUUCCAGAACUAUGUAAUCCUCUCUCCAAUGUUAUGUAGUGGGACACAUACUGGUGUUAAGAUUUGAUCUAUGUCACUAACCUCUUAACUCCCCUUCAGGCGAUAAAGUAGAAGCCACUGCUAUCAGAACUGUGUUCUCUGACCAUGCAACCUCAGGUGCUUUGACCUUUUCAUCCACAAAGGUAAUUUUUUUUUUUUUUGACUCAAUUGCUUUCUGGCAAUAUAGGAAAAGAAUUUUGUGGUACACCUUCUGUCCAAUAAAUCUUCAGCUGAUGACUGUUGAUCUCAGAUUUGUUAGUAACUGGAAAUUAACUUGCUUGAUAGUCUGUGUUGAUCCUUCAAUUAAUACUUCCAUAUGAUAUGGAUGAGUAUGAUGGAGUUGCACCUUUAACGCUUAAUGUCAAUGAACCAGAUCCCACUUUUGAUGACGCUUUCUUGCCUUUGAUUGCUUCAAAAAGAUGCCGGUGAGAGUGGCCUUGUCCAUCUCGUUUGGUUUUGGAGGAACUAACACAUCCUUGCUUUUUGCUUCUCCCUCAAGAAAUGGAAUGGAUUAAA